AUGGAGCAACAGCGCCUCUUCAACCUCAAGAGGCUUAAAAAAUGUGUCUUGUUCCUGAAAACCCGCACUAACUUUUACAGGUGCACAAUUGAGAACAUCCUGUCGGGCUGUAUCACCGCCUGGCAUGUGUUUAGUGUGGGAGCCGAGGGCGGACGGAGGGCUGGCUGGGCAGGUUGGGCCCUGGGGGGGAGAGGCUCGGAGGGGGAGAGGCUCAGAGGUGGAGAGGCUCGGAGGGGGAGAGGCUCGGAGGGGGAGAGGCUCAGAGGGGGAGAGGCUCAGAGGGGAGAGGCUCGGAGGGGGAGAGGCUCGGAGGGGGAGAGGCUCGGAGAGGGGGAGAGGCUCAGAGGUGGAGAGGCUCGGAGGGGAGAGGCUCAAAGGUGGAGAGGCUCGGAGGGGGGAGGCUCAGAGGGGGAGAGGCUCGGAGGGGGAGAGGCUCAGAGGGGGAGAGGCUCGGAGGGGGAGAGGCUCGGAGGGGGAGAGGCUCGGAGGGGGAGAGGCUCGGAGGGGGAGAGGCUCGGAGGGGGAGAGGCUCGGAGGUGGAGAGGCUCGGAGGGGGAGAGGCUCGGAGGUGGAGAGGCUCGGAGGGGAGAGGCUCGGAGGUGGAGAGGCUCGGAGGGGAGAGGCUCGGAGGGGGAGAGGCUCGGAGGGGGAGAGGCUCGGAGGGGGAGAGGCUCAGAGGGGGAGAGGCUCGGAGGGGGAGAGGCUCGGAGGGGGAGAGGCUCGGAGGGGGAGAGGCUCGGAGGGGGAGAGGCUCGGAGGGGGAGAGGCUCGGAGGGGGAGAGGCUCGGAGGGAAGGCAGACUGUUCUACCGUUCACUGGAGCCUCUUUACUCCACGCUUGGAGGAGGGCAGCGGUCUGUGA